AUGCUUCUCCUCCACCAGGUCGGGACCGUCAAGAUUGGCGAGGUCAUCCGAUACACCGUGACCUACACCCCGUCCCAGGACCGCAUCCUGCCCUCGCCCGAGAAGCUCUUUGUCCGCAUCCGCAACACGGCGGCCAUUGCCCUGCGCGCCGCUUUUGUCCACGGCCCGUACACCCUCUCCGUCGCCGCCUAUCCCUCCGCCUUUCGACCCUACGAAAAGUUUCCCGACCCGCACCGGUAUGGCGUCCCCGAGUUCCAGCCCAUGGUCAAGGCCGGCGGCUCCUGGGAGUGCGAGCUCCUCGUCCCCGACGAUAUAAGACAGUCGGCCGGCAUCGGUGGCAACGGCAGCACGUUUGGCAAGGACGCCGCCCACAACGCGGAAUGUGCCAGUUGGGUCAUCGAGAUCUCCUCCCAGAUCAUGUUCUCGACCUCUGCGGCCGUGUCAUACGAGGUCGUCGUUGGGCGCGAUCAGAAGUCGCUAAACCUCAGCCAAGCUUCAGCUGUCCAAGGCAGCCAGAACAUGCGUGCUGGCAAGCUAACCGACCACCAGCAAAGUAUAGGUGCCAAGGAUGGCCAUCACCCAGCGCAGCCUCAGGGUAUAUUCUCCCGCGCUGUGAAGCUCAAAGUCGAGGAUACAGCAACGCUUUGGAACACACCUCGACUUCCGGGCUGGGACGAUCUCGGCGAAAAGCGCGCUCAUGAAAACAAAGGCGGCGCCGACAAACCGGUUGAAAGCGUGGCCAAGACUGGCGACCCCGAAACCGUCAACGACAAACCCGUGCGAAAGCAGAAAAAGGUUCAUCUAGUCUUGCUCACGCAUGGGCUGCACAGUAAUCUCGGCGCAGAUAUGCUUUAUAUGAAGGAAUCUAUUGAUGCCGCGGCGAAACAAGCAAAGGUGGAUGCCAAGGCGAGGCGACAAAAGGAACGAGAAGAUGCUGGGUUGCCUGUUGAUGCAGCCGAGGACGACGACGACGAACAAGUUGUCGUUCGUGGAUACUCUGGCAACGCGACAAAAACAGAAAAGGGAAUCAAGUAUCUUGGCAAACGACUUGCACGAUAUGUUUUGGCCAUCACCUACCCGGAUCAACCGUUUAUUCCCCUCGGAAAAUCCGCCGGCGAAACGCUGAUCAAGAACUUUGACAACGAGGACUUGCUCAAGCAGCACAUAUUCAAGCAAGCACAUAAACAUAGCAAGGUAUCAGAAGACACGACGAUCCGCGGCAGAGAUCCUACCCGACCCUACACGAUAUCCAGCAUCAGCUUUAUCGGGCAUUCUCUAGGUGGCCUCGUCCAGACCUAUGCUGUUGCAUAUAUCCAGAAGCACUCGCCCAAGUUCUUCGACCUCAUUCGUCCCGUCAACUUCAUCGCUCUUGCGUCUCCCUUUCUUGGCCUGAGCAACGAGAAUCCUGUCUAUGUCAAGUUCGCUUUGGAUUUUGGCCUUGUGGGACGAACAGGCAAAGACUUGGGCUUAACUUGGAGAGCUCCCACAAUUGCCCGAAACGGCUGGGGCGCCAUAGUUGGCAAUCUCGGCGAAUCGGCACACAAGACCGUCUACGGCGACAGCCAGCCUGACUCGAAGCCCUUGUUGCGUAUUCUGCCUACUGGGCCGGCGCAUACGGCGCUGAAGAAGUUUAGAAACAGGACCACGUACUCAAAUGUCGUCAAUGAUGGUAUUGUUCCGCUAAGGACAAGCUGUCUUUUAUUCUUGGACUGGCAGGGUCUAGGGCGCGUUGAAAAGGCGCGUCGGGAUGCGGGCCUUGUCGAGACGGUUGUUGGGUUCGGUUGGGCUGAACUGACAGGUUCAAGCAUGUCUACUGCCAAGGUAAAGCAUCAGCUUGCCGUUGAAGCGGGCCAAGAGUCUGGCGCUACUACACCUCGAGACAAUGCACAGCAGGUGCCGCAGCCGGAUGAACAGACCAUGGACGAGGACGACAGGGCCAGUAUACGGUCUAUAUCGACGCCGUUUAGUGAAGGCAGUCAGCACCUGGAGUCACCGAGCGCAUUAUCUAUACAAAGCCCGCUAUCGAGCCUUUUCAACCUUUUUAAGAGCAGCGAGCCGCCGAAGCCAGACAUCAUGUCUAAGAAGCAAAAGAAGAUGAUUCGACGAGCACAAACCGUCAUGUUGGAUUCGCAGUCGAAAACUUCGAGUUCAAGCACAUCCGAUGUAUCCAAGUCCACAAAGGCCACGACUGGUCACGAAUUCGAAGGGGGCGAGUUUGGUGGUGUGAUGGCGCCUCCCAAGACAACCUUUUUCGAAUCGGCUGGGGAUCUUUUGAAUCCCAAAAUGCCAGAUGUCGACUUCUUGGUCGACCCGUCGAAGCGGCCAAGAACCAUCUUCCAUGAUAGAGUGUACCAGCCCUCUGACAUUCCUCCUCCGCCUCUAAAACGGCGCAACACGUCUUCGCUCAUGCGCAAGACGUUCAAGUCGUCUCAGUCGCCAAAGCCGACGGAGAGCGGAUCAUCCUCCCCAUACCCGACAAUCAAUCACGAAGACUCGAUGGCCUCUACCAAAGACUACGACGAUACCGCACACACCAGCCCGGACAAGCAGCCGAACGAAGUGGUUGACGGCUCCGGCAUGCGCGUGGAGGAAAAGAUUGCGCGCGGCUAUCACAAGGGUCUCGCGUGGCGCAAGGUCCUCGUUAAGCUCGAGCCCGACGCCCACAACAACAUCAUCGUGCGCCGCAUGUUUGCCAACGCCUACGGGUGGCCCGUCAUGAAGCACAUGGUUGACGUACACUUUAGCGACUCUGUGAUUGCGCGCAUGGCGACCGAAGACGAGCACCUGGGUGAGCGCGCGCUGGACGCCAACCAACCCCCGGACGCCCACGGCUGCGAGACAAAACACCUGAGCGAGGAACUCGCGGCGACGUUGAUCAUUGAUGACAGUGUAGCCGGUGACGAGGGCGCCGGUUUGCGCGAUGCUGUCCCGGCGCUUCUGCUACCCAAGAGUCCCGAUAGCGAUGCCCACUCCUGGCUCGCCAACGGUGGCGCAUCCCCAGUAACGUGGAGCGAGCGCGACUGGGUCGACAGCGAUGAUAACAGCGACGCAGAAGCGGCUGGCGCGGAGAAGGAGGUUGAUGCUGUCGGGAAAGGCGACGGCACGCUGAGCCCGUCAUCGUGGAAGUGGGCGACGGAGAAGAUUGUCGGCAAGGGCGCAGUGUCGGGCCGGAAGAGUCCGGCGCCGGAGCAGAAGCAGAAACAAGCAUAA